CUCAAAUAUUCAAUAUCUUCACGGUGCAGCGUCUGCUACUUCAAGCUUCUGCUACUAAUCCCCAUUUCUCAAUUUCUUCAUCCAUGGAGUUUCUUAAAAACUCCAUAUAUUUUACAUAGAUCAUAUGCUUCCUACUUCUAAAUGGAGGAUUUAAUCGAUGACGAUUUCGGCGAUAUAUACGCCGACGUCGAAGUCCAAGCAAGUUCUGCUAUCAAUUCCAUAUCAAACUUCGCUAAACUGUACACAGAACCACAGGAAGAAGAGGAAGAAUGUAACAAUAAAGUAACUACAAGGGAAGUUAAUCGUAGUCCUGACGAGGGGAUUCUUAAGUCAGAUUUGAAGCAGCUGAGUUCAAUCUGCGAGAAGUCGAACAUUUCUGAGGCAGGUGGAAGUGAUAGCGAGGAUGAUUUAAAUAUAGUCUUGAACGAUGAGGAUUGUAAGGGGUUCCCAGUUGCUGCGGAGAGGAAUGAUUGUUGCGAUGGUUUUGAGGAGGGGAAGGAUGAAGAUGAUGAUGGCUUUUGCAGUAUUAAAAGGAGUCAUGAUAAGAAUGGUUUGCAUUCCAGUGCUAAUUGGCUUGGAAGUGAUCAUGGGAAUGGAGUCAAGGGAGGUUAUAACUCGCAGUAUCCACAGUAUAAGCAUCUAAAACCGUAUGGAUCAUCAUUUUCAAGUAAUAAUAAAGUCAAUAAUUCUGUGGGGUUGGUUUGUUCUUCCAAAUCUGCCAGAGGUGAAUGGGAAGAUAACAGGUGCAAGCAAAAUAAGAUCUCAAGCACAGGUCAGGUUGCUAAUAAUCGUGCUAUGGCCAAUUCAGGUGGUUAUGGUUUCUCACUUCCAUGGUAUAGGACUAUACUGGAUGUGAAUAUUGAUGCAUUUGAAGAGAAAAAAUGGAAGAAUCCUGGAGUAGAUAUAUCUGAUUUCUUCAAUUUUGGUUUCAAUGAAGAGAGUUGGAAACAGUACUGCAUAUCCCUGGAGCAAUUGCGUCAACAAUGUUACAUGCAUGCUAGGUUCAACAAUAAAAAGUCUUCGAAACUUACUCAGGCCUUUGAAAUUGAAUUGGAGCAUGAGAGGUCAGCUCAAGAGACCAUUGUUGAGGAUAUUUCUCAAGUUGGUUCUACAUCAAAAUCUGCUGAUAUGGUGGUGAGGCAGUUGGAAUUGCCAAAAGGCAGAGCAAUUCAGGUUGAAGAUACCACCACUGGACGUCAACCAACAAUGGAUUUAAGGCGUCCGCGUCUUCGGGAUUCUGAUGUUGUGAUACAGAUCAAUGUGCAAGAUUCCAAUGGGAAUUCCUCUGGCACUAAUGAUGAGGAAUUGUGCCAUAUAGAUAAAAGUGGACUUGAAGCAUCAAAAACCAUGGAUUUAUAUGUGGAUGAUAUGAGGGACAUCCACUAUUCUGGAAGUGAUAGUGCAGAUGAAUCAUCUGCAAAGUCUAUGGGACAUAUAAGGUCUUCUUCCACUAACAGGCAUUCCCAGUCAGACCCUAGUCAAAUGCCUCUGGAUCUUGGUGGUCAUGACAGAGAGCAGAACUCUGGUGCUGAUAGGUAUCAUCAUCAUCAUAAGGUGAGUGCUCAAACAUCAGCAGAGAUUUCUGAAGAAAUGGAAACUAUAGAGAAGGUUGAGGAAGAAAAUGGCAGAAAUAUGUGCGAGUCAGAACAAUAUCUGUCCGAGACAGAAUUAUCAAUUGGUUACCGGAGUCAUUUUAGCCUGACAUCAUCCUAUUCUGGAAGUGAUUCUGAGGCAUCCAGAGACAGUAUAUGUAGUAUUCCUGGAAGGUCUGACAGUCUUUCAAGAAGGCAAUCUUCAGGUGCUAUGUUACAGGAGUUUGUCGGAUCUGACAAUAAGUACCCUGAAAGCCAUGGAGGUGUGAAAAAACUAGAUGACAGCCAACAUUAUUCAAGAAAUAGAAGUCCCAUUCUGGAAGCAAGGUGGAAUAAAAACAGGAGACUUCGCAGAGUUGCUGAAGGAAGGAUCCUCCCUGACACUGAUAAUGAUGCCUCUCCCAUGUGUGGGAAUCAGUUAUACAUGGACCAUCACAGACGGUCUGAAAAGAUGCAUGAUUUUGGUGAUUAUAAAGGAGGAUAUUUUCCAUAUGAUAGACAGCGAGAUGUUUUUAGUUGUUAUGGUGGUGAAAGGUUUGCAGAUGACCAUUUCCGGGAUAUUUGCAGAAAACAUCCUCGUAUAAAAUAUCGUCGGAGCAUCAGAGAUGAAAUUAAACCUAUGGAAAGAAGGAACUGGAAUGAGGACAAUUUGCAUAAAAGAAGAUUUGGGCUAGAUGACAGAGAAGACGUGGAUAGAGAUUGGGAUUGUGGUGGAAGAGAUCUCUCUCCUGAGGGUCUAAUUUCUCACACUUACAGGGAUUCCAGGAUAUCGGUUUCCAAGUACAAAAAUUUCAAACAAAGAGGCCUUCAGUGGAGAAGGAAGGGUGACAAAAUGCAAUCUGAGAAGAAAACCAAUUAUGAUGAUUUUUUGCUUGCUAAUAAAAAUGUUGACGAUGUGAUGCUACAAAAAUGUGACUCACACAUUCCAUUUAUUGGGAGAGAAACAAACAUGCACCGAAGAAGAGAUAGAUAUGAUUACAGUCCCCCUUUGAAUUUGGGGAAUUCUUGGUGUGUGGAAACUGCAGAUGAGCAUUGGAAUCUGAAUCAACAGCAUUUGCCCUCUUGGUCUCACAUAGAAUCUUAUGAAGCCAAUGAAGGAAGGUGGAAGGAUAAGAUGUCACAAAGAAGUGAAAUUUUUGAUGUAGCUGAUCGAUAUGGAAGACAUAGGAGAGAAAUACGUGGUGACAAAUAUAGGGGCAGUCAAUGGGUUGACAAUCAUAAUGAUGUUGAUAAUGCAGACGAAGAUAUUGUUUACACUGAUGAUCAGAUUCACUGGAGGAGAAGAAAAAGCAGUCGGAAAUGUGGAGUACUGCAUGAAAUGCAUGUUGAAUCUAUUUUGAAACAUCAAGAUGAUGAGCUUUAUGCCAAACAGUCCUCGUGUUCAUAUGAAAAAUUUUCCAGACAUGAAACAUUUCAUGCUAAAUGUAGAUCUGCCAGUGGUGGUUGGGUAGUUGAUGAUAUGCAGUUGGAGUGGCAUAGACGCAAAAUGUUUAAAGGAGAAAGUGGUGCUGGCUUUCUUAAUAGAAACUCCUAUAUGAUGGGUAGAGUUGAGCAUAAGCGCACAUCCGGGAGGUGCAAUGAUCCAGUUGACUUGAUUUUUGGGGAAGGAAAGUCCUCUGGAAGAUGUUCCCAUACUGAAAGUUUGAUGUCAAAUGGUAAAUUCAAAAAGAUGGAUCUGAAGUUUGCCAAGGAGCGGAAAGUUUUGAAGGAUUUUAAUGAAACCCAGACUGGAAAAGCAGCCCAAACUGGAACUGGCAUUUCAAAACUUGAAGACGGCCGAGAUAAUGGGAAAUGGCUGGAUAAGUUUCCAGCUACCAAGCACAAUGCAGGUUUGGAUAUUGAGGAAGGUCAGAUUGUGCCAGAAGAACCAUUCAUAGAGGACCCGUUGGAAAAGAAAGAUGCAUCUGGAAGUGCGGCACAUAUAUCCAAUGUCAAGAAAGUUGUUUGCAAUGAAAAUGUUCCAAGAAGAUGUGAAACUAACAAGGUAUAUGAUGACCAACACAUAUUGGACACGCUAGCAAAGAUGGAAAAACGAAGGGAGCGCUUCAAGGAUCCUGUCGCAUUUAAAAGGGAACCAGAUAACAGUCUGACGCCCCAAGCUGACUUGGUAGGUGAUCCAGUUGAAACUAAACAUAUAAGGCCUGCCCGAAAUAGGAGAUGGAAGUGAGAUUUAUGUUAGUAUAAUUAGAUUUAUGUUAAUACGGUUGCCUCUUCAUGGAUGAUCAUUGUGUUGGCUGAGACGGUCAUGAGGAUGGAACAUCUACAUGGAUAGCCAGAUAUCAUGGUCUAUACAACUUAAUCACUGAUAUAUCAGUUACAGAUCAGGUUGAAUUUUUUUUUCAUUCUAAAGGAAUUUUUUUCAUUCAAAUCAGUUGCAGGUUGGAUGAUCCAUCACAGGAGGAUGGUAAUAAAAAUUGUCACCUGUAUUGAUCUAUCAGUUGGAAUUGCAGGUUGGAUGAUCAUUUGUGGAUCUUUCAGUUGAAGAUCAGGUGGAACUUAACAACUGAUCUUUAAAUUGUUUACCUUUUAAUGUAAUAAAAAUUGAAUGCUUUAAAUUGUUUACUUCCUUGGUACUUUUGAUGG